UCCUGGUCCCGGUCCUGAUGGUGCUCCUGCCCGCCUCCCGGCUGCCGGUGUUCCGGCUGCAGCUGUCGGACCCGGGCCGCUCCUUCUACUGCAGCGGGGACAAGCUGUCCGGCUCCGUGGAGCUCCAGGCGGCUCAUCCCGCUCCGCUGCGCCGCCUCACCGUCACCGCCGCCGGCUGCGCCAGAGUGGAGCACCGGGGAGCCAAGAGCCGCAAGAACCGGAGCCAGGAGGAGGAGUACCUCCGGUACGAGGAGGAGCUGCGGCUGGAGGAGCACCUCUCCACAGAUUCAGACGGAUUUUUUGUGCUGCAGCCGAAUAAAAUCUACAGUUUCACCUUCGGCUUCGAGCUGCCGGAACCAGGGCGCCUGGUGUCGUCCUACCGAGGACGGUUCGGUUCUGUCCGUUACUACGUGCGGGCGGAGCUCGACCGGCCGUCCCACAAUGCUUUGCGGUGUGAGAAAGAGUUUGAGGUGGAGGAGCCGCUCGACGUGAACCGCCCCGACCUGCUGGCUCCGGCGGCCGCCUGCGGCCAGAAGAAGGUGACGUGUCUGUUCAUCCCGGACGGCGCCGUGUCCAUCAGCGCUCAGAUCGACAGGAAGGGCUUCUGCCAGGGCGAGGACAUCUGCAUCAACGCCAAGUUCGAGAACACGUGUUCCCGCAUCGUCGUGCCCAAGGCCGCCAUCAUCGCCAAGCACUCCUACCUCGCCAACGGGCACGCCAAGGAGUCCCGUGAGAAGCUGUCGGCGGUGCGAGGGAACCACAUCAUCUCGGGGAUGUGCGACAUGUGGCAGGGAAAAACCAUCCGGGUCCCCAAACUGAGACCCUCGCUGCUCAGCUGUGACAUCAUCAAGGUCGACUACGCCCUCAUGAUCUACCUGCACAUACCUGGCAGUGAGAAGCUGAGCGUGGAGCUGCCGCUGGUCAUCGGUACGAUGGCGUCCGGCGGCGUGGGCAGCAGGACGAGCAGCAUGAGCAGCACGGCGGACUCCGCCUCCAGCUGGGCGUCCUUCCCCUCGGCGCCGCCCAGCUACAGCAACAUCCACCGCCACCUGCGCGUCGACAGCACGCCGCUGCUGCACGACUACGAUGGCGCCGAGGACGACGGCGAGGACGACGGCGGGCUCUUCAUGAGGGCGCCGCAGCUCUACCCCCCUCCCCCCGCCUACAGCGAGGUGGAUCAGGACGCCGUCAGCCCGCUGCCGGUGUUCUGAGACUUCGUGUUCCUGCCAGGCGGCGCUCAGGGCCGCAGCGCUCCAACGUCUGCUGCUGCUGCUGUUUUUAAUGUUUGUUGACAGGAAGUCACAGUUUGUAUAUUUGAUGUAAAUAAGAUGUUUAUUUUUCUACUUG